AUGAACAUCAAGGUUGGGAACGUUUCUUAUACGGGAGCCAUCAUUUCCUGGUCGUCCUCGGAGCCCUGCCUGGAGGACUAUUACCAUAUUAUGUAUAGGCCCAAUUGGAACAGCAUCUUCUCUGGCUAUCUUCGCUACAGCUUCCGUCACGAGGAGAAGGUGCCUCGAACAAUCAGCUCCGUGGUGCUGGAACACCUCACCCCUUCCACCCUCUACUUCCUGUGCAUCAGCUGCAAGAAGAUUCUCUUCCCCUACAGGCACUACUGCACCAUGUUCCACACCCUGGAUAAGACUCCACUGGCCGCUGGAAGCUCCCUGGUGGACCCCCAGAUCUCGCUCUGGGUGCUGAUGGCCAUUCUGCUGGCUUGCUUCACGGCAGUCUUAGCCUUCAUCUGCCUCCAGUUCUGGUGCAUCCGGUGCCACGAACCUCGAUGGUCUUACAGAGCCGGCCACAUGGAGGAAGCCAAUGGGCUGGUGAGAUGGCCAGAGGAGGCCCCGGGGCUAGGUCAGGGGGACGAAGGCCUGCAGGGGCUCCCCCUGGUGGAGCUGCCACACAAAAACUCUGGAGAAGAUGCGGAACCAGAAGCUGAAGCUGCAGCAGUGGAAGUUGGCCAGCAUGCCCCUGAUGCGGGUGCCUUGCAGAGAGGAGGUGGUCAGGCUGCAUUGCCUUGUUUUGGGUAG